AUGAAAUAUUUCAGAGAUGAUCCAGCAUUGUGGAUCAUAAAUGAUACUACACGAGAUUAUAUAUCAUUACAUGGUUUUAAUCAAAACAUCGAUGGGAACAACUUUUUAAAGUCAAAAAGAUUAUGCUCUAAAAUUGUGAGAGGUACAAGAAAAUCGUAUUACAGGCAUUUACCACCAAGCUUAUUUCAAACAAAAUUUGUAAAUGGACAAAUUUUAAAAAGAAAAUAUCUAGCAUAUUCAAACAGUACAGGAUGUUUGUAUUGUGUACCUUGUAUAUUAUUUGAAGGAAAAUCUAGUUUUGCUUCUACUACUGGGUUUUGUAAUUGGAAGAAAGGAGAGGAAAAAUUAUCUAUGCAUGAAAAUUAA